CUUUCCUCAUUAAGCCCACAGACACUAAAGAAAUUUGUUUUAAUAAAAAAAGAACAACAAAUGGGUAAGCCAUGGAUUUUGUCAACUCUCAUGCUGGUUAUAGUACUAGUACUAGUUGCUAGGGCCAGAGCAGAAGUCCCCGCAAUCAUAGUGUUUGGAGACUCCUCUGUUGAUUCAGGUAAUAACAACCGGAUUUCUACUGUUCUCAAGAGCAACUUCCGGCCAUACGGCCGGGACUUCUACGGCCGCCGCGCCACCGGCCGCUUCUCCAAUGGCAGAAUUCCUCCUGACUUUAUAUCUGAGGCUUUUGGACUCAAGCCUACAGUACCCGCCUACUUAGAUCCCAUGUUUAGUAUCUCAGAUUUUGCUACUGGUGUCUGCUUUGCCUCUGCUGGAACUGGGUAUGACAAUGCGACCUCUAAAGUCCUAAAUGUGAUACCCUUGUGGAGAGAAGUAGAGUACUACAAGGAUUACCAGAACAAGCUGAGAGCCUAUGUGGGUAACGACAAGGCAAGCGAAAUUAUAAGUGAAUCUUUAUACCUUGUGAGUUUAGGAACAAACGAUUUCCUUGAAAAUUACUAUGUGUUCCCGACCAGACGAUCUCAAUUCAACGUAAAACAGUACCAGGACUUCCUCGUUGGAUUAUCUGAGAAUUUCAUCAGGGAUCUCUACAGCCUUGGGGUCAGGAAGAUGUCCCUUACAGGGGUCCCUCCCAUGGGGUGCUUGCCAUUGGAGAGAGCAACUAACAUCAUGGAUUCUCAUAAUUGUGUUAGCGAGUAUAAUAAUGUGGCUUUGGAGUUUAACGGGAAGUUGGGAGGUCUUGUGACGAGGCUGAACGAUGAGCUUCCUGGAAUGCAAAUAUUAUUUGCAGACGCUUAUGAUAUUGUGUAUCAAAUCAUUAAAGAGCCUUCUCAAUACGGGUUCGAGGUGGCAGAAAAAGCAUGCUGUGCGACAGGGACGUUCGAAAUGAGUUAUCUCUGCAACGAGCACAAUCCCUUUACAUGCCCAGAUGCAAACAAGUACGUGUUUUGGGAUGCCUUCCAUCCUACUGAGAAAACUAAUCGAAUCGUCUCAGGCCAUCUUAUCCCUACACUUCUUUCUACCUUUUCUUGAUUCAUAAUUAAUUCCCUUAAUUAAUUUG